CUCAGUCCAUCAUCGAGUUUCCUCAUCCAUGACCACAUUUCCUGAUCCAAAACCAUAUCCGAGUCCAUAUUCCUCCAUUCGUCUGUGUGACCCGACAAUAUCCUCCUUCGCUAGCCAGUAUCUUCCACCACUCUCUCUCCUCGGCCUCCAUCGCAAUCCAGUCCGGCCAUUACCAUUGUGUGUUCAGCCACUCGCGCAACGAUAUAUCUAUCCACUUCACCCUCUCCCGACGACAAGCGCGAUUCUAGCCGGCCGUCAAGGUCAGUCAAUGCAAAACCAGACAGGUAAAGGCUAGGAAUUCGUUUCUUUACCUUUCAUCUGGAGCUUUGACGAUCUGCGCUCUUUCGAUCCGAUCCGCCGUGUCAUGACUGUCAUCGCUUCGGGCCAGCCUUCAAUCUCCCUUGUGGUCCGAAACUUUUGUUGUCGACAGGUUCCAUCUCAUUCGCCAUGUAAAAUCGCGUAUCAGACAAAUUGGAAGCCACAACGGACAAUCAAAUAAUCGGAUACUUUUAUCAUUUCCAUGACUUGGUGCAUACCUCUACCUCUAGGUACCCAAGGUAUACUCGGAAACCACCAUCCAUUUGGAACUGAAGCACGCAUUCCAUCUUUCUAGUUCCCUUCUACCUAGGUACCUUCAUCCUAGGACAUCUAUUUUCCCAUUGGGCUGCAUCCAUCAGUCGCUUCCUUCAGUUUGCUGCCACUCACCAGUCAAAAAAGAAAAAAGAAAAGAGCUUUGCAGGUCACAGCUACCUACCUAUGGUACAUUCCUGCUUCUACUUCUUCUACAUAGCUGAGCUCAUUAUUUACUGGCUACAGGCCUAGCCCCUGGCGAAGGUGUCAUUGGCGUACGCUACAUUGCGACUGUGGCCCUGUUGAUGAUUUCCUAACCGACUUGUGGUUGCCACCAUCAUCUAACAAUCGGUCUUACACUACUUCUAUUUUCCCUCUCGGAAGGACCCGACUCAUACACACACAGAUUUGACGCAAUUUUUACUUUUUCUAAUUUUUUUUUAUUUUUUUGCGGAAGGCUCAAUCAUCAAGAUGGCCAUCUAUACCCCCCAGGCACGGUCUACGCGAGAAGGUACCAUGAAUAUCAACGACACCUCCACGCCUCCUUCGAUGGCGGUCUCGACCACUUCGCCCUUUUGGCCAUUGGGGCCUUUUCCCAACAGAGUGGAUUCCCACGCCAACUCGCACCCGCUCCCGCACCAACUCCAGCAUCCGCCUCAAGAUCCGCUUCAGCAUCCACAAGCGCCGUUUUCACAGGGAUCCUCGCAGCGGCAGCAACAGCAACAGCAUCCGCAGUGGCACCCGCACCCGUUUCCGCAGUCGCACCGUGCCUUUGGUCCUCCGCCGAGCGCUGGCAGUAUCAUCACUACAAAUAACCUGAACCGAAAGUACAGCAACGGCAACAACAACAACUUGAACGGCAACAGCCCCGGCAGCGGAAACCUGAGUUCCAACGUAAGCGUCAACCGGCCACCCACCGCAAACGUCCAGGUCCGCCGCCGUCCUCAUGCUGCCACGACCGCCGGUCGAUUUCGAAGUGCCACCAGAGUUCCGGACCUCCCUGUCUUGAACAACUUGCGCAUCACCAGCAACACAGGCAACACCAACGUCGACGAUUCCAGCUCAUCUGACGAGGGUUUCAGCUCUCCAGCUGCUCGUCCUCAGAGACCAGAGCAUCGACGCUCCAUGAGCCAUCCUUUCCCGUCUCUGUUCUCGAGCAAGAAAAAGAAGGCAUACCAGAUGUAUGCUGGCGAUUCCGGGUCCGAAACGGUAGACGACGCCGGUUAUGCGCCCAAGCUCGGUACCAGCAGGCCUUCAACACAGCAUUCUCGUAAUCAUAGGAAUGUUCCUUCUACGGGUAGCAAGGACUAUAGCACGGGAAAUUGCAUGACGUGCGGGUGCUUGGUGCGAUGGCCCAAGGAGCUUUCCGUCUUCAAGUGUACCAUUUGCUUGACCGUCAACGACCUACAGCCAUCCAGCUCAGGCCAAGGGCAAGGGCAGGGUCCUAGGCGGGAUGCUUCCCGGAACUCACCUCCCGCAGCGGAAGAGCGAGUCUUCUCUCAUGAACGACCAAUUUCUUUAGGUCAUACAAAGUCACUGGCCACACAAUGUCUGCGUUCAUAUCUUUCGUCUGCUCUACGCUCAAAAUCGGGCCGACAAGCAGAUGUGCAGCCAGACUCUUAUUUUACCCUGGCAAAGGUUCCUUCGCAAGAUCAGCAGGAAAGUUCGCUUUCGUCACCAAGUGAUCCAGGAAGGGUACCGGCGGCAACAAGCAGGGCGGUAGGCGUGAGCCCACAACCGCAGCGCGAUGGGUUAACGGUUCCAAAUACUGACCUGGAUCCUCAACAGCGUUCCAAUAGAACGCCUCGGUCGUACUCAUCAUCCUAUCCCGAAAAACGACCGGCCAUUCCUGAUCUCGUCCUCCAAGCACCCGGUCCUCAGGCGAGCCCACAGAUUGCGAAUCCUGAGAUAGAUUCGAGGCGGAUUUUCAAACGGCUUGAGGAUUAUAUAAUCAGCUGCCUCACCUCGUAUCAGUGUUUAAAUACUUCGUUCUCGACAACCCGCCCGUCGCACCAGCCUAGACCUAGUGGCGAACCAGAGCGUAGACGUCGACCAACGCAGUCGCAACCUCAGCCCCGACCUCAACCCCCACCCAUACCUCAACCCGAGGCCCGCAAAAACUCGGUUACUACAGAACAGCCGUUUGUUGAGCUGGACGCCAAAAUGCUUUUGCUGGGGGACUUUGCGGAGAAUGGUCUCUGGUGGACGGGAGGACACGAAGAAAAGGUACCAGGGAGGUCAUCGUCCAACCGGAGCGAUCCUGGCGCGUCUGCAGUAAGCCCAAGAAGUCCUCGAAUUGACUGGGCGGAAGUAGAGGACUGGUAUACGGCAGUGCUUGACGCUGUGCGGUCCUGGCCCAAGUUUUACGAUGAGCUUGUCAGUGAGGAUUCCAGUCUCGCUGUGCCUCCUGAAGCGCUUAAGGAGAUCGAAGCACAGUUGCUUGUGGGACAGGACCAUGUUCAUAGGUCGCUUUUGAGGGCUAGCGAGACGAUUAUGAAACGGCCCGGACGCCUGAUGACUGCGCCUCAUGAGCUACGGUUUAUUCUCAUUCUUGCCGCUAACCCACUGCUUCAUGCCAAUUACAAGCCAUAUACCGGCGAGUUCCGGCAUAUGGACUCAUUCUGGUCUACUCAGGGCGGUCCCUCUUCUGGAAGGCAUUCCGGAAUCAUAAAGCGUAUCGUCGGUCUUCUGUCUAACACUCCCAACGAGUGUCACAAUCAUCUCGUCAACUGGUUUGCGAGGUACCCGGAACCUCUUUUCAUAAAGACAAAAGAUCUCAUCUCGAGCUUCUUAGCAUUUCGACUUAACCGACAGAAUGAAAAGAAGUACGAUGCCAGAGUGGAUAUUACCGCCGGUUUGAUUCCAAGUCUGAAUGCUGGCAGGUCUGCGGCCUCACUUCAUGCUGCGUUGGGAUCUUCACAGGCAUCAGGAAAGAAGCAGAAAGAAAAGAAGAAGAUAUACAAUGAAGACUGGCAGAUCAAAGCCUCGGCGCAGGUUCUUGCGCUGAUUUUCGCCGCCAACAACACGGGACAUUCACGGCGCAGCCUCGCCAAUCUUACGGAUGGACCCGUGGCGAGCACAAGGGAUCGGGUCCAAAUGCGCGGGCAAAUUCUUGCCACAAGCGAUUUCUACACCACUCUUCUUGACGACUCCGACCUCGUGGCGGAUUUUGAAACAUGGGAGUCGAAAAAAGGAAAGUUUGCCUUUUGUCAGUUUCCCUUCCUUCUCAGCAUAGGCGCCAAGAUCCAAAUCCUUGAAUAUGACGCGAAGCGGCAGAUGGAGGACAAGGCAAGAGACGCCUUUUUCAACAGCAUCUUGACUCAUCGUGUUAUCCAGCAGCACCUGGUGUUAGAUGUUCGUCGGGAUUGCCUGGUGGAUGACAGCCUCAAGGCUGUGAGCGAGGUGAUCGGCAGCGGCGGGGAGGACAUCAAGAAGGGUUUGAAGAUUAAUUUCAAGGGAGAAGAGGGCAUUGACGCUGGCGGGUUGCGGAAGGAGUGGUUCUUGCUCCUUGUCCGUGAGGUGUUCAAUCCCGAUCAUGGGAUGUUUGUCUACGACGAGGACUCCCAGUACUGCUACUUCAACCCCGCCUCUCUUGAGCCAUCCGAGCAAUACUUUCUAGUCGGCGUCGUCUUCGGUCUCGCCAUUUACAACUCCACCAUCCUCGACGUCGCCCUGCCACCGUUCGCGUUUCGAAAACUCCUCAUGGCCGCACCGCCUCCCACGCUGGCCACGUCCCAGCCUCGCCAACCCAUGACGUACAGUCUCGACGACCUUGCAGAAUACCGUCCCCGCCUCGCCAGCGGCCUACGCCAGCUCCUUGAGUACGACGGAGACGUCGAAUCCACCUUCUGCCUCGACUUCGUCGUCGACAUCGAACGCUACGGAUCCACCGAGCGCGUCAGCCUCUGCCCCAACGGCGAACGCCGUCCCGUGACCAACGCCAAUCGCCGCGAAUACGUCGAUCUGUACGUACGCUACCUGCUGGAUACGGCGGUGACGCGCCAGUUUGAGCCUUUUAAACGGGGGUUCUACACCGUCUGCGGCGGCAACGCCUUAUCACUCUUCCGACCCGAGGAGAUUGAGCUGCUGGUCCGAGGCUCGGAUGAAAGUCUGGAUAUCUCGGCGCUCAAGUCGGCUGCUACCUACGAUAAUUGGAGUACGAAGAAUCCGGUGGAAACGGAGCCAACGGUUGGGUGGUUCUGGGAACUUUUUGAGGAGGCAUCCCCCGCAGAUCAAAGGAAGUUGUUGCUGUUUAUCACGGGCAGUGACAGAAUACCCGCGGGAGGGGCGGCGGCGCUGUCGAUUCGGAUUGCGUGCCUGGGCGAGGAUUGCGGGCGGUAUCCGACGGCGAGGACGUGUUUUAAUUCAUUGGCGCUGUGGAAGUAUGGAAGUCGGGAGCGGCUGAAAGAAGUCUUGUGGACGGCGGUGUUGGAGAGUGAAGGAUUUGGGUUGAAGUGAGGGAGGGGGGGAUGAUGAAGGAUGAUGUUGUGCUUGGUGUGUUUGUGUUAGUAUGAAAGAGUUGUGGAGGUUAUGGAACAGGAGUUUCUACAUGGCUUUUUUUUUUUUUUUUUUUUUUUUUUUUUUUGGUUACCCUGCAUAUCAUCCCAGACCGGAAGAAACGAGGCAAAGAGAAAACUGCAUCAUUAUCAUUAUCGGCAUCAGAUAAGAAAGAAGAUAGCGGAAAGCAAGCCAGAUAAAUAAAUACAUGCGUGUAGCGUCCAUCCUCUGAAUAAGCCGAAACACAACUCCACGC